UCUGCGUCAUAAAAAUAGAUAGAAUUUAAUCUUAACAAAUUUAAUUUAGUAUAAUUUUAAUCUUAAUCUCUGAUUCGGGGAUUUUUAAUCUCGAAACUCAUUAAUUUCCCAGCUCUGCCUAAAUGUAUUAUGUAACUAAACAUUGUAUAUGAAUAUAUAACCAGAAUGCCAAAUGUUUCAGAUUUAAAUAGAUACAUGUAUCAGAUGAGGCUUCGUAAGUUCUAUCGAGCAGUUUGGUUAUACAUAUAAUCUCAGGACCAAUUUACAUUUUCCUUCUCAACUAUUAACAGGUCUUUUUUUAAUUUUUGGAAUGCAUUAGCAUGAGUAGAAAUUACAAAAAAAUCCUCCUAAAAUCAUGAUUUUGGAAGGAUUUUUUUACGCUCUUUGCAAGGAGCGUAAAAACUUUAAAACCUGAAAAAAUAAUUUUUAAAUUAAAAAUUUUUUUCUGACAGCACAAAUGUGCUGUCAGAGAAGCAGUGAAAGCGUGGUAUAAAGAAGUCGAGCAUUACAAUUACAAUCAUGGUGGGUUUAGCAUGCAUACUGGUCACUUUACCGCCAUGGUUUGGAAAGCUCGACGGAGCUUGAAAUUGGUGUAUGCGUCCUUGGAGGGACAAUCAUUGUUGCCGGAUGCUACAAAGUACACCCAAAUAUGCAAGGCCAAUUUACACAGAACGUGCUUCGCUACAGGUUUAUUUGGCAAUACUUAGUUUUUAGGGUCAUAUUGUUUUAUUAUACGCGUAUGUUAAGGCAUGUAAGCGAUGAGGCAGAGGAGCCCAAGCCGGUAGAUACGCCAAAAUCAGUUGAAUCCUUACCAGCUAAUGUCGGCGGUGCUAAAUACAAAUGGGCCGCAGCAAAAAUGGUGGUUCCAUGCCAUCAAAUAUGGUAUUGGCUGGACAAGAUGGGAAGCACGACGGCUACGUAGCUCGGGCUAAACAUAUGAAUGGCAUUAUACCGGGAAAGCUGAUUGUUGGCUAUGGUACCUUCGUUGCGUACGAUGGCGCAGAGCAUGGGAAAGGGAGCUAUGAGGUCCUAACUGGAGAGAAAAAUUGCUUUGCUUGGGUUAAUUCACAGGCAACUGCAAUUCCAAAGAAUGCUAUUGUUGGAGGUAAGGACCCCAAUGGCUCUGUUUAUCACGUUGGCAAGGGAAUUGUCAAUGAUGCAACUGCGGUUGGAAAGAUUCUUGGUGGAAAAUUAUAUGUAUCUGACGGUGGUAAGGAAUACUGCCAAGACCAAGGCUUCCAGAUUCUGGUGACUACAAGUGAUACGUCGACUGUCGAUGAAAAAUGUGAGGUAGAUGAAAUAAAAGACGAUGGGGGUGUAUCCGAUGAAAAUCCUGUGGUGUUGGAUACUACUUCACCAGAGAUGAAACUGGCUUUCGAUCAAGUGUGCCAUGCAAAUGGUACAAUCGGUUGGUACGAGCUUAAGGACCUGAUUAUCGGUUGUAUCAAUCUUGGUGAAAACUCGGUGGCUUGGGACAAAGUCAUUUGUAGGAUGCUGGCGGUGUAACUAUGUGACUCUACCGCUCUGGUAAUGUUGUAUUACUGGACGGUAAGAAAUCAGUAAUUACCAAGACGGGAUUAACACACAUUACUGCCUAGUACGGAAUGAAACACGGCUCAGUAAUAACCAGGUACUUAUCGCGGUAUUGAGUAGCAACCAACGGGCAGCAUGAUCACUACUCCCCAGUGUCAACAUUUAAUACGGUUGGUGAAUUAAAUGCAUACUAUGGUAUUGAUUCAUUACGUACUGGGCUAAAUAGUCGAGUGAAGGAGGUAAUGAUUUUCUAGUUUAUUAAAAAGGUUUCAAUACUAUGCAGUAAUAAGUGCUCCAUGCAAAUAGUAAUAAAAAUAUGUAGUACACAAUGCAGCUUAGUAUAUGUAUUAAACAUAUAUUUUUAUUUAUAAUUAUUCAAAUCAACUAUUUACAAACAUUUUUUGUAAUACACAUAUAGUUACAAGACAACAUUUUAUGAAACAUUUACAAAUAAUGUCUAAGAACUAAGUGCAAGGAAUCUUGUUUACAAUUUUUCUGCAAUUCAACACAAUCAUGAAUUACUAAGCUACUUAUAUCGACCAACUCAUACAAAUUAUCCGACUGGGUUACAAUAAAUGAAUAAAAAUGUCGAUCAAAGUACGUCACAUUUAGCUGCUUCACUAACAACAGGCAACGAGUUUCGUCUACUAAAAUAAAUUCACAAAUAAUUCCAAAUUUCGGAAAAACCUCACCUAAAUCAUAGCAAACCACAUAAUCCAAUCUAUAAUCAUACCCGCGAUACCGUACUUGAUUAGCUGUCAAGACCUCUGUGUCCCCGUCGCACGAUUCAAAUAAAUCAAGAGAUCUCAAUUUUUCUAUUAGAUCAAAAGAUUCAAAGAAUUGACUUAAUUUGGCUGAUAUUAUAUGCUCUGCUCUGAUUCCCUCAUUAAUGUCAAACGAUUUGAAAGCGUGCGAACUGUACUGCUGAUGCCUCAUUGUCAAAGAAUAACAAAUGUUACGAAAAUUUUUAAUUUGACCAGCCAACUGAGAAAAAUAAUAAUGCUUUCCUUCAUACCGCAUAGCCCAGAGGGAAACUAAUGGACCACUUUGCCUAAUUACAUAGGAAUAGUGACACAUAAAAUGGUGCUUUGGGAUCAACUUCUCAUUUGGAAAUAAUUUACGAAACAAUUUGUGGUGAUGGAUAAUGGUCUUAUCCAUCAUGUGCAAAAUUGCGUCGGUGAACUUUCUGCAAAAUGCGUAGCUCAUUAUGUCCAAAAGGAGUAGCAAAAGUUCCCAAUACAUUUUAUGUUCGUCAAGAAUAAGAUCACCAAUUAUGACCGGGAGAAAUCUAAUAAGGCACCAGCAUUGUGC